UGUCGAUAGCGUAUUUUACCAAGUUUGUGCGGAAGCGCUACAGGUCUGGGAGAAAAUGUCCUCCGCCUUUUCGAGUUAUGAUAGCACAUUUACUGAAAGCACUACAAGAGAAAUGGAAUUCUUAUAAAUACAGAUUUGUACCGUGGAUAGCCGUAAACCUGCGAAAAAACGAGAGAACUCUACGAAGAGUGAAAGAGCGCUGCCAGGACAAGUUGGUACCAGACGAAUACAUAGCCGUCACCUUGCAGAGCCUCUUCAGACAUCUGUUCAAAAAUGACAUCGAAAGACAACGUGAUUUGUUGCCCUUGCUCACAGAGUCAUCCCGAUCUGCGUACCAAAACGCGCAGAACAAUACAGUGUCACUCACUAGGUUGGACAGACAUUUGGACCCCUGUGAAGUUAUGCUCGGCUCACUUGGAUUUUGCAUUAAUAGACGGCGAAGCACACUCUGGUCCGCAGGUACCGGAGUAUUCGUUACCAUGGGAAUGGUACCGAAAGGAACGCCUGUAGCCAUGUAUCCAGGUACGGUGUAUCAGACUUACGAGCCCAUCUUUUUCCAGUCACUCUGCAACCCAUUUGUGUUCCGGUGUAUAGACGGCGUGCUAAUCGACGGUAACGACAAAGGCAUCUCCAAAAUCGUAUACAGGUCGUGCAGUGGUCGGGACAGGCUGGGUCCUUUCAGACUGAGUGACAUCACCUGGUUGACAGCCAAUCCGGACAACCCACUGGCAGUGGGUCAGUACGUGAACAACUGUUCAAAUGAAAAGGCUGCAAAUGUAUGUUAUCAGGAGUUUGACGUACCGGACAAAUUUCCACUGGAACUUCGCCAGUACCUUCCAAAUGUAAAUUACAGGCAUGACACAAGCAAGCCAUUGAGAUGUGUGGUCCUUGUGGCUCUGAGAGACAUAAACUCUGGGGAGGAACUCUUCUCUAACUAUUUCACCAUUGUACAUUAGGUCCCAGACGAAUCUCUGCGCAUUUUUGUAUGUUCUUAAGCAAAUUCAAUAAAAAAUUAAGAUAUUUAA